AUGACCAACUUCACUCCCGCCUCAACCAUUCAUCUCCGAGUCGCCCCCGACACUCCGAUCAAGAAUCCAGAACCACAAGAACCACUGACACCAGAGCCAGAAGAGGCACCAGCACCAGCAACAGCAACAGCAACAGCGCCAAAGGAAGCACCGGCGAAAGCGCCACCGAAUUCAAAAUCAAGAAGUUUGAGUGUGAUGAUGGUUCCUAGGCUAAUAGAGGGGAAGGUAAUUUUACCGUCGUUUGCAUGGCACGGGGUGAAAGACGGCGACAUCAUUGAAAUCUUUGAUGGAGUUGUUGAUAACAAUUGCUUAGGUCAUAGAUGUGUUUAG